AUGAGAGCAAGGAAAUCGCAAAGAAAAACGGGCAGCAAAACGAAUCUUAUCCAGUCUAAAUUGCAAGUCAAUGGUGGCUCGAAAUCGAAUAAACUGGUCAAGUGUGAUAAAUGUGAGAUGUCAUAUUCCUCCACGUCAAUAGAAGAUCGCGCCAUCCACGAGAAAUACCACACUUUACAACUGCAUGGACGUAAAUGGUCGCCGAAUUGGGGUUCUAUAAUAUACACGGAACGGAACCAUUCAAGGACGGUGCAUCAAUCAAGAUCAACAGGGACAAUAACGCCAUUGAAUUCCUCGCCUUUGAAAAAAGGUAGUCCGUCUAUCACCCACCAGGAGGAAAAGAUUGUGUGUGUGAGACCAGAUAAAUCAAACGGUGAAGUCCGAGCCAUGAUGGAGAUAAUGACGCUAGUGAACAAUGAGCUGAAUGCCCCACAUGAUGAAAAUGAUAUUUGGAACAGCACCACAGAAGAGAAAGGCAAGGCCUUUGUGUACAUAAGGAAUGACAGGGCGAUUGGGAUAAUAAUUAUAGAGAGCCUGUAUGGAGGUAACGGUAAUGUAUCUGAUCGUGGACGUUGGAUGGUCUAUGAUUCUAGAAGAUUGGUACAGAACGUGUACCCUGAUUUCAAGAUCGGCAUAUCGAGAAUUUGGGUAUGUAAGACAGCAAGGAACUUGGGUAUCGCGACGAAAUUGAUUGAUAUUGCGAGAGAAAAUAUUGUUUAUGGUGAAAUUAUUCCUAGGUGCCAGAUAGCAUGGUCGCAACCCACUGACAGCGGCGGAAAACUGGCUAGCAAAUACAACGGCAUUAUGCAUAAAUCGGGCAAGCUGCUAUUGCCUGUAUAUAUAUGA